UCAAUCAUGUUUGUCAUCGCGGUGUCAAUAAUAUAAUAUUAGAAUCGGCGAGUUUGCUGAUAAUAAACUCGUUUGUGAGCCCCCCCUCCCCCCGACCAAGAGGAGUGUUAAAUUUAGUUGUAAACGGGAGGUGGGGGUGAAAUUCCUGUUAGUUACUCUCUAGUUAGCAUUAGUAUACACAUUUCUGCAGUUUGAGACCAUAGCCUAGCUUUUAGCUUUGCGUGUGACAUGCUAAAGCUAAUCGAAGGUGAAGUCACGUAAAGGUGGAUAAAUUGCGUUUGAAGGAAUUGGUGUUCUAAAAACUGCCGUUUUGAUUUUCGAAUGGAUUCCACGCCGCCGUUUUGAAAUAUCGCUUAGAACCCAGUUGAGUUGACUCUUCACUGCUCCAGUACGGACAAGCGGCUAUAUGCAUUGGUCCCAGUUAGCAAUGCUAACCAUCUCGACAGCGAGGGUGUGCCCACCCGGUCCGAUGCCCACUUUGAUGAUGUCCGCCCCGGAGAGGAUGAGCUCCUCCACCAUCUCCCCCGUCACCACGUUGCCGGCCUGAGGAAACAUCCAAACAUGGGGCGGCGACGACGAUCUGGAGCGGAAGAAAACGACGGCGGUGCCUCGGGUUGACGCGAGAUGUGACUCGUGAGGAUGCGCAACCGCCGUGGCCUUAAGCGGAAGCGCGAAGUCGGCGCAGCCGUCUCCUCUCCCGGACGUCAAGACGAGCAAAGGAGAAUGCGGCGGGCUAACGAGGGAGCGAGUGCGAGGAGGCGCGGCGGGCUGGUGUAGCGUCGUCGUCUUUUUUUUUUUUUAACGAAGGCGCGAAGAGCCGUUUCGCCUCGGAAGGGCGAGAAGUACGUACGCGUCGAGGAUGUCCACCUCGCCCGGCGAAGCCGAGGGGAGCCAGAGAAACUCUUCGGAGGCGGAGAGCGCCGAUCUCGCCGCGAAGGCGCCGGCGGGCGCCGAAUCCACCGGCGGGCAGCCGAAGCUGAAGGACAGACACAAGUUUCUGGAGGAAGCCUUCCAGCAGGACGUGGAGCAGUACCUGUCCACGGGGUACCUCCAGAUCGCCGAGAGACGAGGGCCAAUAGGCAGCAUGUCGUCCAUGGAGGUCAACGUGGACAUGCUGGAGCAGAUGGACCUGAUGGACAUGUCGGACCACGAGGCGCUCGACGUCUUCCUGCACUCGGGCGGCGAGGACAACAGCGCCACCUCGCCCGUCACAGGCCCCGACGCGCUGACGGCAGAAAUCAGCCUGCAGGUCCCCACGCAGGCCGAACUGCGCGACAAACUCUCGUCACUGUCGUCGACGUGCGCCCGCCGCGACCAGGAAGACGACGACGAAGAGGGUGAGGGGGAAGAGGAGGGAGGGUCGAGCGUGACGAAGAGGGGGAGGAGGAGGAAGAGGGCCCCCCCGCCGGCGCCCGAUUGUGGCGGCGGGACGCCCAAAGUUUGAAAGGGGGGGGGGGGGCGCGUCCGUCCGUCCCCAGUUUACGACGUCUGCCUUAAACAGCAACUUACAGUUGGGAGGAAAAAAAGAAAAAAAACUUUUGACGCUAACUCUGACCACAACGUCAACUCAGGUGCACGUGUUGUGGUUUGGUUCUGAACGACGACGACAAAAAAAGUAAAAAGAAGCACAAGCGACGACGACCACGAAACGAAACCUACUGCCAAAAUGUUGCGCUUUUUUUUUUUCUCCCCUGAACCACGGAAACUCUUCGCGACGCCCACAGACGCCGGAAUGGGCCGAACCGUUGCCGUACCUUCCCUAUUUCCUCCAAGUGGAACAAAUAACGUGCAAGCCGCACGGCUCGCAAAUGACCCAAACUUGGAACUUUUAGUCGGUGUCCGUCCCGACUGCGGACUUGUCGACCGUUUGGGUGUGUCGUGUAUUUAUGUGGUGUGUACUUUAUGUUGUUAUUGCGCUAAGAUGAGUGGAGAUGAAAUUAAAAGGACAUCUGAGGACAAUUGUGGUGCAUUUGAGGACGCUCCAUUUUUCUGCCCACUGAACACCGUACGAUGCUAAUUUGUGAUUUUCGGGGAUUGUGAUGCUCUUCGUGACGUAAGGCCUCUUGGGGGAGUGGAGGCCCCGGUGGGAUACGAACCCACAACCUCUGGCUUACCAAACCGGCGCUCUUAACCACUGAGCUACCUUGUGUAUACUAACAUACAUUGGUCACCAGUCUCUCUCUCUACGCAC